UCUUUUCUCUCUUUUCCUUUUGGAAAUUAAAAAUCCUCGCAGAAUGCAUAUAGCUAAGCUUAAUUUGCAGUCUCAUGGAUCGAUUAGCAGAAGCUACAUACAGGCAAGGCGGCACGUAUCAUGGCCUCAUCUGCCUCUAUGGCGGCCAACCUCCAACUCCUCUCCCUCCUAGUUUUCCUGAUGUCCAUGGCGGCAUUAGUCACCGGCGGCGGCGCCAGCAACGGCAGUGUCCAGCUGAUCCUGGUGAACAACUGCGCCGAGUCGAUCUGGCCUGGCCUGCUGGGCACCGCCGGCCACCCGACGCCGCAGUCCGGCGGCUUCCACCUGGCCCCGGGCGACGAGACCUCCUUCGACGUGCCCCUGGGCUGGUCGGGCCGCGUGUGGCCGCGCCGCGGCUGCUCCUUCGACGGCCGCGGGCGGGGCGGCUGCGCGACGGGCGACUGCAGCGGCGAGCUCCGCUGCGGCGGCCGCGCCGGCGCGGCGCCGGCCACGGUGGUGGAGAUGACGCUGGGCACCCCGAGGUCGCCGCUGCACUUCUACGACGUGUCGCUGGUGGACGGGUUCAACGCGCCGGUGUCCAUGUCCCCAGUGGGCGGCGGCGCCGGGUGCGGCGUGGCCGGGUGCCAGGCGGACCUCAACGCCUGCUGCCCGGCGGCGCUGGAGGUGAGGGACCGGGAGGGGAAGGUGGCCGGGUGCCGGAGCGCGUGCGGGGCCAUGGGCGGCGACCGCUACUGCUGCACGGGGGAGUACGCGUCGCCGGGGCGGUGCCGGCCCACCGUGUUCGCGCGCGUCUUCAAGGCCGUCUGCCCCAAGGCCUACAGCUACGCCUACGACGACGCCACCUCCCUCAACCGAUGCAAGGCCACCCGCUACCUCAUCACCUUCUGCCCGCCGCCAACGUCCAGGAAAUAACUGCUACUACUUACUAAUUAGUAGAAUAUUUUUGCUUUGUCUGUUGUCUUGUCUGUUCCAAUAUAAAUAAUAUAGCCCUGCCUACCAUAGCGGCAUGCAUACACA